AUGUCAUUGGUAGUUUACUCCCAAGAUAGAGAUCUAGUUCCUGGAGAAGGUCAGAUUGUGGUUUACAACCAGGCGUAUUUUGAGUAUUUACAGGCUGAGGAUGGUUAUGCUGGGUUUGAGGAUGGUGCUAGAAGACGAAAUUCUAGAAUACCCGAAGACAUCUUUGUACAAGGGUACUACCAGCGGUUCUUCAAACAGGUCGGAGUUCUUGGUAACGGAUCCCGUGCAGUUGUAUAUAAGGUGAAGCACAUGCUUUUAGAGAACGAACUAGGAACGUUUGCAUUGAAGAAAAUAUGCAUUGGAGAUGACAUGCAUUGGUUGUAUCGUUGUUUGAAAGAAGUAAAACUCUUAAAUAGAUUGACAGAAGAGAGUUCGCAUUUGAUAACUUAUAACCACGUUUGGUUAGAACGUUGUCCCGUAGAGUCAUUGAUUUUGACUCAAAAUGAUGGAUCCUCAGUAAAUAUGGAUAUCCCAACUACUAUGCCAUACAUGUUCAUCUUACAACAGUUUUGCAGAGGUGGUAAUUUAGAAGAUACGAUUCAGUAUCAGGUUUUCAAUAGAAUCUCCGGCAAUGAAAGUCGAUUAGAAAGAAGGAAGAAGCUUUUGAACCACAAGAAAUCACGAAUUGGACUCACUACUCGUCAGAUCGUUUCUAUUGCCAAUGACAUAGCUACGGGGUUAAAACAACUUCAUUCUCUAAGAAUUAUACACAGAGACUUAAAGCCCAGUAAUUGUCUAUUAUUGGAGGAGUUUGACCGUAGUGAUACAGAUAAAUUUCCUAAAUGUGUCAUUGGUGAUUUUGGUGAAUCUCAAUUGUACGGUCAAUUGAGAGAUGCCACCGGCUCCACUGGUACAGUGGAGUUCGUUGCCCCCGAACUCACCAAAGGAGCCCAGUUCAGUUUCAAAUCAGACAUAUAUGCUUUCGGAAUGAUCCUUUAUUUUGUGAUCAUGGGCCAAUUACCUUUCAAUUCCAAAGAUAUGUCAGCGAUAAAACAUGAAAUUAAUGAACUUUCAUUCAGUCCUGAAGCCAUGUCCAAACUACACGACUCACUAGAUCUAGCUCCCAUAGAUCCAUCAUUAUACAACCUUGUAUGUGAAAUGUUAAAUCAUACACCGUCACUCAGACCUGACUCAUCACAAAUUGAAUAUCAACUAAAUAUCAUCAUGAAAAGUAUAAACAAAAGCAUCAAUCAAGAACCAGAGAUCCGACCUUGUUACUUCAGGUUUGCUACCCUUUAUGCCCUACUAAUAGCACUCACGCUCACCACAUUGAACCAUUCCCAUUGGAACUGGUGGAAAUACUGCGUUUUAUUCAUUACUGGUUUAUGUUUCAAUCAUGGUCAGGAUGCGGGUAACCUUGAUUUACUUACAGUAUUAAUUGCGUCAACCAUCAUAUCAAUCAUAUCGAUGUAUGCUUAA